CACAAAAUAUAAAUCAUUGUUGAACCCUAAAUAAAGUUGGAGUCUUGUUCCAAACCCUAGUGGCAAUCUGUCAUCUGCAGAUACAGUAUCAAAUAUGCUAUCUUUGAAAGACAUCGCGCCAUCAGCAAGAAACAACAUAAACGCACGGUUCAUAAUUUUGGAGAAAGGGACUAUAACGUCAGAAGGAGGUGGUCAAAACAAGACAUGUUUGGCAUUGGUUGCAGACGAGUCUGCAUCGGUUCACUUUCAACUAUGGAAUGAAGAGUGCGACGCAUUUAAACCUGGAGACAUUGUGCAUUUGUCAAAUGGCAUAUUCUCUUACAGUCGAAGCAAUCGUUUGGUGCUACGAGCCGGGAAAAGGGGCAAGGUAGAAAAGGUGGGAGAGUUUACAAUGGCGUUUGUGGAGUCCCCGAAUAUGAGCGAGAUUGUGUGGGUCCCGGAUCCACAUAACUCGGGUAAAUUUGUACAAGAGUCUGUUAUUUCUCCCAUUUCAGGUAUAUUCCCACCAUUAGUUUAGUGUAUACAUACACAAAAAAGAACUAGUUUAUGUUCUAGUCAGCAAUGAGCAAUCUGGUCUUUCGGUCGUUAAUGCUGUAAAACAGGUAACUGAAUCAUACUCUUAACAACAGACUGUUCAUAAUCAUGAAAUCAUCUUUAGGUA